AUGCACAUCUUGGUAGUCAACGACGAUGGCCCGCCAAGCAGACGCCUAUCUCCAUACAUCCGCCCACUAGUCGACGAACUGCAAGCGAAUGGCCACCAAGUCUCAGUAGCUAUCCCGGCAGCCUCGCGCUCCUGGAUUGGCAAGGCGCACCUUAUCGAAGCGAAGCUUACUGCGAGCUAUGUGCACAAGGAUUCAUUCCGCGAAGAUGGGUCCUGGGAUGAGGAGUAUCAGCCAGAGGAGCAGCACACCAACGGCCUCACCAACGGCCUCACCAAUGGUAACCUCACAAACGGCACAACCGCCACCGACAAUGACGGCAACGGAGAUGACGGCCCAACCCAAGACGAAUGGGUAAUAAUCGAAAACGGAACCCCAGCCAGCUGCACGCAACUCGGCCUGCACAACCUCUUCACGAACCGCCCCCAAAUCGACCUAGUAAUUUCCGGCCCAAACCACGGCCGCAACGCCUCAACAAUCUACAACCUGUCUUCGGGGACGGUAGGCGGGGCCCUGGAAGCCGUGUUUUGUGGGAAACGCGGGAUCGCGAUUUCGUUCGGGAGCAAGGAUGAACAGCCUGCGGAUGUUAUUGCCGCUGCGGCGAGACUUGCUGUGCGCGUUGUGGGGUUCUUGUAUAAGCAUUGGGAUGAGCGUGUUGAGCUUUAUAAUAUUAAUGUUCCUAUGCGGGUUGAUGUUGAGGAGCGGCCGGUGAUAUAUACGCGGACAUUGCCUUAUUAUUGGAAUCGGGGGUGUUUGUAUGCUGAGGAUUUGGGGAAGAAGGGGGUUAAUGGGGUUAAUGGUGCGGUUAAUGGUGGAGUGAAUGGUGUCAAUGGGCAUGAGGUCAAAAGUCGGAAACGUCAGUUCAAGUGGUCGGCUGAUUUGUCCGAUAUGAAAAAGACUAUGCAGGAGAGUGAGGAAGGGACGGAUGCUCAUACUGUGUUGAAUGGGUCUACGAGUGUGACAGCUCUCCGUGCGAACUUCUGGCAUGUUCCUGGCUUGGAAGGGCCUUUGGACGUUUAA